GGUUUUGUCUCUGAUGUGGUAUCCCCUCUCAUGUCAGCCUUGGGCAUGUUUUUGGUUUAAAAGAUUCAGCAAUAAAGAAGAAAAGUCAUUUCAAGGUUAGCACUCAGAGGAAGCAACAUGAAGCGUUCGAGGAGCGAUUCUGAAGAAAGCGUUGCUUCAGACACUGACAGUGACAUUUUUGAGGAUGACGAUAUUGAAGACAUUUUGCAUGAUAUUUCUCCCGAGAUACCAAGAAAAAAAGCUCUUGAUUUUCUUCAUACUUUAGCCUCCUCCAAAAAUAUAUUGUACUGGAAUAGUCAUGGUGAAAUGAUGUAUYAUCAACGAAGAAUUCCUGUCACUAACAUAGCAGAGCUCAUUGAGUAUGCUAUAUUACCAUACAGCCUCGAUAUUAAAGCACCAAGAGGUCUGAACACGUUCAUCAAAGGACUUGUUGAAGUUGGAAUUGACAAAAAACUUAUUGGAAACAAAAGAACAUUAGCAGACCUCGUUGCUAGGCAACCCGAUGAAGAGGAAAGCGACUUGUCAGACAGUCAAMCCASUGACUCGUCUGAAAUCCAAGAAAGUGACAGUGAKGAGGAGGAAGAAAAAGAAAGCGAACAAGAAAAUAAUGAKCUACCAACAGGCCCCGAAUCGAGUGACAGCGGUUCAGACGAUGAAGUCGAAGAGUGUCACGUUUGUCGUGACUUCAAACCGUUCUACUCAAUACCUGUCGUACAAUGCCCUAAAUGUUUAUGGCGUGAAGGAUAUUACUGUCGCGAUAAUCAGCUUAUUGAAUGCGAUAUUUGUUAUCACAUCUUUCCAGUGGAUUAUCAUACUACGAAAGCCAAAUUUAUGCGCUGUCAAGAAUGUGAUGCCGUUCACAAACUGUCAUUAAAAUCGAAAACGUUGAAACCUAUUGACAAUGUUGAUGAUAAGGAUCAAGAAAAGGCGGAGAAUAAAUUGAAAAAUCCCCUCGUUUGAAUUAAAUAAAAGAGUUUUCAACCAGAAAAUCUUGUCCGUUUAUUGUGUUAUUGACUUUGUCAUCAUUCCAUCGGAACUAAUAAAGCCAUCAUUUUGAAACGCAUUGCCAUCACUGAUUUGCAGAGAUCGGAGGCCAAUACAUAAAUUAACAGGUGACCAUCUCUGAAAACAAUAGCUCGCGUGUCAAGAUUUUGCUUUACAACGUAAGCCAAAAUAAACAAAACAAAUUGUGUUCAGUGUGAAAAAAAAAUAUGAAAAUAAAACAAGAAUAUCUUCUAGAUGCAUUGCAUGAAUCAAAGCUAAUUUUACAUAAAAACGUUAACAAUAGUUCAACAGAAGACCACUUCAAAAUCAUUCUAAAACUAGAAUUUAAUGAUCUCUCAAAAUAAGCGUUGUGGUAAAACGCAACUAAUUAGCGCCAAAAGAAAUCUCUAGAAAACUAAAAAUAAUAAUUUGCGUGCAAUCAACAGGUGGGCUUCAUAAGAAAAACUUAAAAUUGCUUGACGUAAAAUAACUUACAACUAUCUCAUUCUUCUUGUCCAACUGUCAAAUUCCCCUUUCGGUCUCAAUGGUUAGCUCAAAGGGCAUCACACAGCGCAUAGCUCUAUUAACCAAUUUCUGUCUGUCAACCUUUUGGAGGGCUUGAUCAAAGUAGAGUUCAAUCUUUUCAUCUUCUGUGAGGGUUAAACAGUCGUCGCCUCUGAGCGCAUUCCUACAUCCACACCAAUGUCUCAUAACGAGUUCAGAAAAAAUGGUGGCUUAAUUCGUAAAACAUGGUGGAGAAAUAAAUGGAUUCUAGAAGGAAAACAAUCCUUCAAAACGCGUUAAUAUAUACAGAGCCAUAACACACUUUUGURCCACCUGCUAACCACAACAAUACCCAAAACAAAUUUGAAUAUAUUUAAAUAUGAGG